AUGUUAGACGGUGGUCAGUUCGUGGAGGCGUUGGGUCGUCUAGGUUACCCAGGCACCCCAUCUCUGAAGGGCUCUGAGUUUGACUGGCUCUUCGACUGCGCUCCGCAAAACCUCCAACUCCUGCGCUUCGUCUGCCGCACCCUGAACCAGGGAAACGUGCUCACCCCGGAGGAGGCCCAGGCCUUCAAGGCCCUCCGUAACUCUGGCAAGCCCAUCCUCGAUGGGACCGCGCUGGACGAGGUCCUCAAGACCUGUGGGCCUACUGCUGGAGGAGGUGUGGUCGGUCCUUCCUCAGCGGAGGGGGAGGUGAGCGUGGAGGACCUAGAGGCGGAGCUAUCUGCUCUGAAAAAGGAGAAGCAGCUGAAACAGCGCAGGUACAAGAAGCUGCAGGUGCUCGCCACCGCCCGGGCCGACGCUGCGCUCCGAUUGGCCUCCCAGCAGGAUGCCGCCGGCGGCAAGCUGAAGGACAUCAACGCAGCGCUGGGGGCGGAGAACGCCGGAACCAACGCUGCGCUACAGAACCUCACGAACGAGGUGAAAAAGCUUGGAUCAUACCUCAAAAUAGACCUAGAGUCCAAGGAAAGAAAGUUCCCAGGGAGAGGCUGCUGCCUCUAGUUCUGUGACCACCACCACCCCUCUAGGGCCCCCUGUCCUGCUCUCCCAGCUGUCCCUGGAGCCCUACCUCCACCAGGAGGAGCUUAACACCAAGGCCCUGGCCGCCCUCACCCAGCGCCAGUUCUUCCAGGGCAUCAGCAACAUGGUGGAGACCUCCUGCUCCGAACGCUUCCAGCUCCUGGACCUCAGCCUCUGCGGAGAUGGGGACGAGAUAAAGGAGAAGGAUGAAAAAGAGGUGGAGGAGAGAGUGGUAGAGCAGAGAAGGAAGGAGAUGGCCAGGCUCCAGUGGGGUCAUAUGGUGGCCCAGCACCAGCUGGUCAAGGCCAGAGCAGAAGAGCAGGGAGCCAGGGUUGGGCUGGAGUGGAUCACGAAGAACCUGCAGUCAUUCACCAAGGUAAGGCACUGGAGAGGGUUAGGGACUAGAGUAGUGCAUCUUUAGUGCUGUUGCCUCUGGGGGUUUGUUCGUACGUGUUGCAUGCUCUGUAGUCCGUACACAUAUUCACACCAGCCUUACAAACAACAUAAUCAUACCUGCUUUUCAUCACUUGCUAGUCUCUAAUGCAACCUUUAUCCCUCUCUUUCUCUCCCUCCUCUCUCCUCUCCCAGGGCACCACCAAUUCCUCCUCUGCUCUCCAGGCGCGUGAGGCCUUGUCUAGGCGUGAGCUGCAGGGCGUGGAGGCUGAUCUGGAGUCUCUCCUCCAGGGGCCUGUACCAGCGGCUCUGAGGGAGAGUGCCAGGCUGCUCAACAUGCCCGUGGUGAGGGGAGACCUGGACCUGCAGCUGGCCAGACAGGAGUACUACACCUCCAGACAGGAGCAGGUACAGUUAGUUAGUUUUGUACAAAUGCUGUUUUUGAUCUUGUUGUUAGAAUAUCUAUGUUCAUAUCUGCAUGGGUUUUCCCAUAAUUUACAGAGUUUUGAACACCAGGUGAGAAACUGUCUUCACCCAAUCAAUCAGUAUCAUCUUGUAUGUAUUUUGUGUAUCUAUUCUUGUCCUCCUUAGAGGAUGAUAACGUUCUGUCUCUCUAUCCAUCCAUUCAUUCAUCUUUCCAUCUAGGUCCGAGACCACCUCCUGCGGCAAAAGGCCUCAUUCGAGCUGCUCCUCCUGGCCCAGGAGAUGGAGCUGAGGAUGGGUAGGCAGGUGCUGAAGCUGCUUGGGGAGGUGGCAGGUCGGCUGGGGGAGGGAGGAGAGGAGACAGCCCUCAGGAUCCAGGCCCUAGCGCAACCUGAGCUGUCCCAUAACCCCAGACCCAGUCCUCAGUCCAUCAUCAGCUCCAAGGAUGCAUCCUUCACCAGGUAGGGAUCAGAGGAGGACAGGAACCAGGGUCGUGCUCAGUCAGGCAUACGGAAGCAAAACAUUUUUCAAUGGAAAACCAAAAGGUGUUCUUAUUGGACAGGUUUAGGUUGCACUGAAGGCGACCCAGAUGUAUUUGCUUCUCUCACACUAAAGGUAAUAUGACAGUGCAUUGAUGUACUGUACAGUAGUGAUGGGGGAGAAAAAUCGAUAGUUACAUAUCGCAAUAUUAGUUUUUGGACAAUAUUAUAUCGUUAUUUGACUCCAAGUGUCGAUUUGUAAAUAAAUAAAUAUAGCUAGCACUAGUCGGCUGUACCUGCACCCAAACCUUUUCCCCCAUUCUAUAUCUUCUUUAACUAGUGAGCCAAAAUGUUUUCAGCACUUUUAUUUCCCUGACUAGCUUCCAUCCAAUUGGCGACAGAUUUUCAUGCAAAUACUCUAAAAUCCGCAUGAAUAAAAUAUGCACAUUUUCCCACCAAAGAUGUUUCCAUCAAAUUGACUUGUUGCAGAUAAAAGUCUGUGUGUGAUGACAUAAUGCACAUAAAAAUCACUUUUGUGGUUCAAUUCCCAUAUACCGAGGAACAAAUACCAGAUUACAACAACAUUUUCAACUCUACUGAUGGUUUUGUCACAAAACAGAUGUGUGGUAUUGGCACGUGCGCUCUAGCCAACAGCUCGCCGAUACAGUGCGGGUAAAGCCUACUACAUGGUGAGAUUAUGGACAAAAGAGCGAGAUCACCAAAAUAAGACCCUCAAUAUUUAUUGGAAAGAAGCAUCACUCAUCUCCUUGCACUUUCACCACCCUGUGAAGUUCAUCAUCAUUUAUUUAAUCUGUAGCCUUGUAAACUGCAUGCUUUUCCAAGUUGUAGUGGGAGGACCACUCACCAUAUCAUCGCGUGACUCCAAGUUUACGUUGAUAUGAUGGUUAUUAUGUCAUUAUUUGCGCAUAAAAGCGGUUCCAUUGCCAUUUCUCGCAUAAUUCAUUUUCAUAGACAUUUGUAGAAUUUACUGAGAAAUUUGCUGUUUCCAUCAGGCCGGUCGUGACAUUUUUUAUGACUCAUAAAAAGGUUGAACGUAAACUCGUUUUCUCAUGCUCUCUUUUCUCUCUGCAGCAAACAGUGAGCAAUAUGUUUGAAACAUCAAAUCGCAAUACAUAUCGUAUCGGGACCUAAGUGUCGUGAUAAUAUCGUAUUGUCAGGUCCCUGGCAGUUCCCAGCCCUAAUAUACAGUAUGUGACACACCUCUCGCUCCCCCAGGCUUCUUCAGAUCCUGGAGUCAGGCCACGCCUCAGAGCGUGGUGGCCGCGAGGAGCCCUUCCGUACCUACGAGGGGUUGGAAAGUGCCGCCCGCGACCACCAGGGGGAGCUCCAAUCCUGCCGCGAAGCCCUGGCUGGGGCCGCCCGCCAACAGCAUUACAUGGGUGCCCGUCUCCACAGCGACUGCGAGGCGUUGCGCCGGGCAACCUUCUCGGGGUUGCAGCAGCUGUUCUUGGCGCCGCAGGUAUGUCCUACGGCGACGUCACAUGACCAGGAGCUCUGCCCCAACGCACAGGUACGUUUCUGAACACACACACACUUCCUCAUCGACGUUAUUGUCGUCUUCGUCUCAAAGUAGCGUGAGUUAGCAGAGUUUUAUUAUAAAACACGUUUGGGAGAUUAAGUGGUAGCACAGUACCUAUGGGUUUUAUACGUAAUUUGUACUGCUGCCUGAGUAAUUGCCCAUUGUUUGAUAAAUACAGUAUUUUGAAAUGAAUCGAAUUAUGUUAGUUGUGGGAUUCACUGGUGAUGCUUCACUUUUAGAGCACUGCAUUGGUAUAUGGGUUUUGUAUAGUUGUGUUGACUGCACUGGACAAUGAGGCACUUCUGUAAUGUAGAAUAUGUAAAAAGCACAAGGUGUCAAGUUUUUUUUCUUCCAGGUCAACAGGGAUCCUUCUCACUCCCUCGGUCCUCUCCUCCUCUUCUUCCUCUCUGUAACAAAUGUAGCAAAUUCAUGCUUGCUCCAUACAGGGGUUCAUCGCAGUUACUUCCUGCAGUAAAGAGACACACUUUAGUUUCUCUGUAGUUUUUAAAUGUCUUAUAGUCAAUAAAGCUGUGCAUAACCAUCUGUGUGACGUGGAGGAAAAGUAGAGUACUGUUGUAUGUCAGUCAAUAUUCUAGAAAGGCUUAUAACCAUUUGUGGUAUGCAGAUGUUAGAAAAUACUGAGUACUGUUCUUGCAGUCCAGGAUAGACUUUUAAAUUAGUGUCACCGCUAUUCAUUACGUUAUCAGCACAAGCUAGCAGUGAUCUGACCGUGUCUCUCUGGAUGUCUACUAAAAGCCUCUUUCCCUCCACCCUUCUCUUCCUCCCCUGUCUUUCCCUUCCAUCGUACCCUCUCCUCCUCCUCCUCUCUCCAGGAGUUGACAGUGAAGCUGGGAGACCUGGAGGUCCAGCAGAACUGUCUGUACAGGCUGAUGCAGGAUGUGAUGGAGGAGGUCCGGGGUAAACGCUCCCAGCUGGACCACAGCCCCCUCCUCAGGCGAGAGCGGGAACUGUACGUCUACUUCCACCUGGACCCCAGGCUGCUGUACAAAGUGGUGGAGGAGCUGGAGAGCAGAGCGGCCGCUGCCAAGAAGGGCCAGUUGUAAUUGGGCUCUUUUACCGCCGCCUACGUCACCUCUUUUCCCCUCUCCUCGACCCGUUUCUCUGGGUGUGAGUGCUAAACACAGCUCAUACAGAACAGUGGAGGAUCCAGCAGAAAGUAGUGGAUGUGCUUUAAGGUGAAGUGGCCACUGAGAAAGGUUGCCGCUCUGCCUAAUGACACCUGGCUUACCCAUCUCCUCUCCCCUCUCGCCACCCCAUGUGCCAGUUGAAUGCCAAGCACCCUCAACCUUGGAUUUGGAAUUACACAAUAUGGAGAGAGGGUUCCGACAAAUGACAAUUGGAUGAGGAUGACUUGGAUCUCAUCUCCGUUUUUUUGUGGCCACUGUUUCAAUUCAGAUGUAAUGUCGCUUGUUUUACUGCUACUGUUGCUGUUCCUGUAACCGCCUUUGUGUAUUUGUUUGUUUCAUAAAAAGAAAUUAUAAUAAAUAUGAAUGUCGUCACAACUAAUAGA